AUGGACCUGAGGGUAGCAAGCAUUCUCCUCGUCCUCCUCGCUCUGGCAGAGGCGACCCCUGAUAGGUACUACCACCAUGUGCCAAAAGUAACCAAACAACACUACCCCGUCAAGAGCCAUGCCGUUGCAGGUGAGCCAGGUUCUCCUGGUGCCCCAGGUGAGCAAGGACCCAUGGGCCCACCUGGUCCCCCAGGAAAGAGCGGUAUGGGACACCCAGGCCCAAAAGGACCACCUGGACCUCCCGGUCCCGCUGGCUACUCUCAAGCUGGCAAACCUGGUAUACCAGGUGGCCCUGGAAAACCAGGUAGCAAUGGUGCUCCAGGUGAGAGAGGUGCACCUGGUGCAUCUGGACCAAUGGGCCCAAGAGGUGGACCUGGAUCCCCUGGAACACCCGGACCUGCUGGACUUACUUCUGUUGGAAAACCUGGACCACAUGGCCUCCCUGGAUCAAUGGGACCAAGAGGAGAGACCGGUCUAAAGGGACACCCCGGUAUUCCUGGUCUGCCUGGCCAAAAAGGAGAGAGGGGACAUGGUAUUCCUGGGGGCCCAGGAUCACCAGGCCCAGCCGGUCCAAUGGGCCCAGCUGGUAUGCCUGGCACACCUGGAGUUGGCAAGUCUGGUGCUCCUGGCUACCCCGGAGACCCUGGAAAAUCUGGAUCACCAGGUAGAGAUGGUGCCCCUGGAGCAAUGGGUAUGCCAGGGCCCAAAGGACACCCUGGACCAGCUGGCAUAAGUGCAUCAGGAAAACCAGGUCAAAAUGGUACCCCCGGUAUGCCUGGGCCCAUGGGUGCUAAAGGCCCACAGGGUCCAGCUGGUCAGGCUGGUGCCCCUGGCAUGCCAGGUGUUGGUAAACCAGGCAUCCCCGGAAUGCCAGGUGACAGAGGAGCACCCGGCACUUCAGGGACCACUGGUCAGAAGGGAGAACCAGGCCCCACUGGUUUCACUGGUCAACCAGGUGCUCCUGGUCCUAUCGGCCCAUCUGGUCCACAAGGUUCAAGAGGAUUCCAAGGUGAGUCAGGCUCACAGGGACCUAAGGGUGACACUGGUAUGGUAGGCGCACCAGGACCUAGGGGAACAAAAGGAGACCAAGGAGCCCAGGGUUUCUCAGGAAAGCCAGGUAUCCCUGGAGCAGCAGGUCCUUCAGGAGCUACAGGUCACACCGGUCCCCAGGGCCCCAAGGGUACACAAGGCCACACUGGCGCCCCAGGAAUCCCAGGGGCUACGGGCCUUCCAGGGGCAAAGGGACACACAGGUAGUUCAGGAGCACCAGGAAAAAGUGGUGAGAAUGGAAUUCCAGGUGCGAGGGGACCUGUCGGGCCCCCAGGUCCAUCUGGUCCCUCAGGGAACAAGGGCCACCCAGGUCUUCCAGGACCACCCGGUCCAGCCGGCAUCACAGCUAAGGGCAUCUCCGGUCCCCAUGGUGCUCCUGGAAUUCCAGGUGCCAGAGGUCAUGAUGGUGUCCCAGGACCUGCUGGUCCUCCUGGCCCACCUGGACCCCCUGGAGAGGUGAUCUACCACCAUGAGAAGAGCAUGCCCAUCAAGUCCCAUGAAGUGGUUAUGCCUCACCAGAUGAUCAAGGCCCCCAUGUCUGCUUUUAGUGCUGUGCUGACUGUGGCUUACCCCCAAGCCGGAACCCCUAUUCAGUUCAACCAGGUUCUGUACAAUGGGGAGAACCACUAUGACCCCCACAGUGGUGUGUUCACCUGCCAGAUCCCAGGCCUCUACUUUUUCUCCUACCAUAUGCAUGUCAAUGGUGCCAAUGCAUUGGUGGCCCUUUACAAAAAUGAGGAGCCAAUUGUGUUCUCCUAUGAUGAGUACAACAAGGGCUUCCUGGAUCAGAUGUCUGGCAGUGCAGUUCUUAUGCUGCAGCCACAUGACAGAGUCUACAUCCAGGUCCCUGAUGAGGAGAGCAAUGGCAUUUUUGCUGCAGACAACGUUCACUGCUCUUUCUCUGGGUUCCUUAUUGCCUCCACGUGAUUUCUCAAAUCCGAUGAAACCUCAAAAUCUUCAAAAACAUACGAACUACUCAGUAAUAUAGUCCAGUUUACAAAAUGCCAAUAGGGUUGUCAUAAUUGCAGGGUAAAGAAAAUUUUGUCGUAAUUUCUAAGAGCUUAUCUGCCUCAAUCAAAUUUUUACAUCAAAGGCUAGAGCAAGAAUUUGCCAAAGUUGUCCAGUAAGAGAGACAUUGAAUUAAGGGUUCAGUUAAAUUUAGAAAUGUAUGGUUCCAGUUGUUCUCUUUUCCCGAUGCAGCGUGUGUGAAAGCACAAUUUCAACAAAAACAUUGAAACAAUACUGGAAGAUAUCGUCAGUGGUGCUCUACAAAUGCCUGUAACAUUUACAGCAGAUCUUGUUUUUGUGUUUGUGUUUAUUAAUGUCUGUCGUUGAUAAAGCUUUACCUGUAAUGUACAUGCAAGCAAGAAAACACUUGUAUUAAGAUAGGUUGUUAUUAUGGUCAACACAUCUUCACGAGCACUGUGAUUAGAAAAACAACACAGGAUGAGUAAUUCAAAAUGCAUUUUGUCUUCAAAAACUGUCCCAUUGGAUGUAUUAAGUAAUGAACA